CAGCUCUCGUGAAAGCGUUGUCAGUGGGCACUGCCCAGGCAUUGGAGGAAGGGGCCUCAUUAAAUAGAGCUCUUAACACCUUUCAUGUAAAAUCGCUCUUUAUCCAUCUUGAUUGCACCCACGAUGGGAAUUUAUGGUGCUUACCUUCACCCAUUUUAGAGGGGGAAGAACCCGCCUUGUUGUAAAAGGAAAUAGAGAUUUCUCCAGCUGAUUUUCCAGUGCCUUCUGGAUUUUUUUUCCUGUGGUUACAGGUUUUGCCAGAAUUGAAUUGAGAUUUGUCGGUUAAUUGAUUCAGUAGGUGGCAAUAGAAUAUUUCCAGACAAGCUGUGCCUAGAGCAGCAGUGUUUGGACAGAGGAAGAAAUUGGAUCCUGACCGUCCGUUUCCACGCAUUGUAAAAUCUAAACCAAGUCUUCUCUCUGAAGUCAUCAUCGCAAAAUUAUUCCUUGAGAGAACUGAAUCUCUGCCGGAUGGAAGAGGGGAAGAGGGGAAACGAGACCAAACUGGACUUCUCUAUGCACUUUCCAGCCUGUGUGAGCUGCAGGGGCAAGAGGGAGAGACUUGGAGCCAGAUUUGUAACCUCUUUAUGAAGCAUCCUAUUUCGUGACAGAAGCUCCGUGGUCAGUGUGACGUAAAUGGCUCGACUCCCCGUCGGCAUUCGCUUCAUUGUCUCAUUCUCCCGAGACCAGUGGUACCGAGCCUUCAUUUUUAUUUUGACAUUUUUGCUGUAUGCAAGUUUCCACUUAUCUCGAAAGCCUAUCAGCAUAGUUAAGGGUGAGCUCCACAGGUACUGUGCUGCUGUGAAUGAGGGCGAAGUCGAAUUCAACAGCCAGAACCAGAAAGCCGGUGAUGUCCCCCCUCACCAGCGCCCAGACAACGAGACUGACUGCGGCUGGGCCCCGUUUGAUCGGGACAACUACCAGCAGCUGCUCGGGGCCCUGGAUUACUCCUUCCUCUGCGCCUACGCCAUCGGCAUGUACCUGAGUGGCAUAAUAGGGGAGCGCCUGCCUAUUAGGUAUUACCUAACCUUCGGGAUGCUGGCCAGUGGCGCCUUUACUGCCCUGUUUGGACUGGGGUAUUUCUACAACAUCCACAGCUUUGGAUUCUACGUCGUAACUCAGAUCGUCAACGGACUGGUGCAGACCACCGGCUGGCCCAGCGUCGUCACUUGCCUCAGCAACUGGUUUGGAAAAGGAAGGCGAGGUUUGAUCAUGGGGGUCUGGAAUUCCCACACGUCCGUGGGCAACAUUUUGGGGUCCUUGAUUGCUGGCUACUGGGUGUCCACGUGCUGGGGCCUGUCCUUCAUCGUGCCUGGGGCCAUCGUGGCAGCCAUGGGGAUAGUGUGCUUUCUCUUUCUCAUCGAACAUCCGAGGGACAUCGCCUGCUCUUCCACCUUGACAGCGCAUUCGAAGGGCUAUGAGAAUGGCAUGCACAGACUCAGGCUGCAGAAGCACGUCUUAAUGGAGAAGAACAAGCCUCUGGACCCAGAGAUGCAGUGCUUGCUGCUGUCAGAUGGGAAGCAUUCUGCCCACCAGAACCACACCAUCGUUCUCCCGGCCGACGGCGGGAGCGGUGUGGCGGCCAUCAGCUUCACAGGGGCCCUGAAAAUCCCCGGUGUGAUCGAGUUCUCGCUGUGUCUGCUCUUUGCGAAGUUGGUCAGCUACACUUUCCUCUUUUGGCUGCCGCUGUACAUCACCAACGUGGAUCACCUUGAUGCCCAAAAAGCCGGCGAGCUCUCCACCUUGUUUGAUGUGGGUGGAAUCUUCGGUGGGAUCCUGGCAGGUGUGAUCUCGGAUCGACUGGAGAAGAGGGCCUCCACCUGCGGCCUGAUGCUGCUGCUCGCAGCCCCAACGCUGUACAUAUUCUCCACCAUCAGCAAAAUGGGUCUAGAAGCCACCAUCGCCAUGCUGCUGCUCAGCGGGGCCCUGGUCAGUGGGCCAUACGCACUGAUCACGACCGCCGUCUCUGCCGACCUGGGCACCCACAAAAGCCUGAAAGGAAACUCCCACGCCCUCGCCACUGUGACGGCCAUCAUCGACGGCACCGGCUCUGUAGUUCCUGAUCCGCCUCAUACACAAGGAGCUGAGCUGCCCGCGGUCUGCAAUGGGGAACCAAGUUCCGUAAGUCCUCGAUCGGGCCCUUCUCCCCGUGUGAGGAAAGCGCAGCUCUGGAGUGUCACUCUGGCUGAUCUGCCUUCCACACCUGGCUUUCCUAAAAGAAGGAAGAAAAGGAAACUCCCCGGUUGUCUCUGUCAUUGCACGGCUCAUCCACAAUCAUUGUCCUGUCCUGACAAAUGCCUCAGGGUGGAUAUGAUGAUGCCAAUCUCUCCUCAAAAUCUCAGUGAAAAGUGGAAGGCAGAUGGCCUCCUUUGUUCUCUCUGAGCUCCGCCUGGCCUCCUUCCCACCCACCCCCGCCCCCUUCUUCCUCUUCUCUCUCUCUGUCCCCGCGAGGCUGUGGGGAUGCAGUAAGACAGUAAGACUUGUCACCCAGUUCGCUUCGGGAGGACCCCAGCAGAAGCGGGGCGAGGCUGGCGCUCGGGGGGGUUUGUGCACUUGGCGUGGAUUCCA